ACGGGCGAUAGAGUAAUGGCAGGGAGUCUCCCUUGGCUGGCAAGUAGGAGCUUGUGGGGCUGGAUGCCCUUGGCGUGCAGAAGCUUCUCUCUGGGUGUACCACUGUUGACCUGUGUGAGGCUUACACUGCCGCCCCCGAGAGUGGUUGAUCGCUGGAACGAGAAGAGGGCUCUGUUUGGAGUCUACGACAACAUCGGGAUCCUGGGGAACUUCGAAAAGCACCCGAAGGAACUGAUCAAGGGCCCGGUAUGGCUUCGAGGCUGGAGAGGAAAUGAAUUGCAGCGCUGUAUCCGAAAGGAGAAAGUGGUUGGAAGCAGAAUGUUCGCCGAGGACCUGCACAACCUUAACAAACGGAUCCGCUAUCUCUACAAACACUUUAACCCACAUGAGAAGUACUGCUAG